AAAUGUAAACAUGAAUACACAUUUAAAGGCUCAAAUCAUUUUUUAUUAUAAUUUUCUUUGCCAUUCUGUUGACCUCAAUAUCUGCUUCGCUUUAUAUUCGUCGCUUUACCCUCAACCUCUUUUGUCCCAGUCGGGAUCCUGCAGGAUGAUGACGCUGAGUAUUUCCAGCGAUCUGAUUGGUCAGUAGUUGGACUUUUGACUGCUUUUGAUCUGUCGCCUCUUCUCUUCACCUGCUCACGAGCACCUUCGUCCGCUCGGCACAGGUUACCAUGGUGAUGACGAAGAGGAGCAGGACUUCCACCUGAAGUGACCUCGACAACCGCGUUGUUGUGGAGCCGAGUCUUCAGAGUAGACGAGGAGCCGAUGUCUGUCCUCAGUGACCCCGACUGAGUUCACCAACUAACCUCAGCAGUUUCCAGCACUCGAGACGAAGCAGCCAGUGUGACCAGUAUGGCCGCUGCCAACGCCACCAAGAUCUCAUGGAGGCUGCAAGAGUUCGAGGCUCACUCCAGCAGCGUUUCCUGUUUGGCCCUGGGUAAGAACUCUGGCCGCCUGCUGGCCACCGGCGGAGAGGACUGCCGCGUGAACAUCUGGGCUGUGAGCAAAGCCAACUGCAUCAUGAGUCUGACUGGUCACAAGAGCCCAGUGGAGUGUGUCCAGUUCAACACGUCGGAGGAGCAGGUCGUCGCUGGUUCACAGUCUGGAUCAAUACGAGUCUGGGACCUGGAGGCGGCAAAGAUUUUAAGGACUCUGAUGGGACAUAAAUCCAACAUCACCAGUCUGGGCUUCCAUCCGUUCGGAGAUCUCCUUGCCUCAAGCUCCAUGGACACAAACAUCAAGCUGUGGGACGUCAGGAGGAAAGGAUACGUGUUCAGGGUCAAGGGUCACACUCAGGCCGUGAGGAGUCUGGCCUUCAGUCCCGACGGGAGGUGGUUGGCUUCAGCCAGCGACGACUCCACCAUCAAGCUGUGGGACCUGGCUCAGGGGAAGACGAUCACAGAGUUCAAGUCUCACACCGCCGCCGUCAACAUCGUCCAGUUCCAUCCCAACGAGUACCUGCUGGCGUCGGGCAGCUGCGACAGAACCAUCAAGUUGUGGGAUCUGGAGAAGUUCACCAUGAUCAGCUCGUUGGAGGGAGACACGUCACCCGUCAGGUGUGCGUUCUUCAGUCCGGACGGCGGCUGUCUGUUCAGCGGAGCCACCGACACUCUGCGGGUGUUCGGUUGGGAGCCGGACCGCUGCUUCGACACGGUGCCGGUGGGAUGGGGCAAAGUGUCGGACCUCGCCGUCUGCAACCAGCAGCUGAUCGGCGUCUCCCACCAGCUCUCCAGCGUGUCGUCGUACGUCGUCGACCUGAAGAGGGUAAAGAAGAGCGGUGGCUCCGUAAUCCAGGGAAUCGUCCGGGACAACGAGCCGCUCGCUGAGCCCAAGGAUCCGCGAGGAGCCGCCCUGCGAAAGAGCUACGCCCGACCCUCGACCACCUGCAGCUCGCAGAGGGUGAAGCAGAGGUCGGAGUCUGAGAGGCGGAGCCCCGAGGGCGAGAGGCGGAGCCCCAGCGAGGACGAGGGAGACGAGAAGUUGUCGUCGGCGGAGAUCCACAACCCCGAGGACUUCAAGGAAAUCUUCCAGCCCAAGAACGCCAUCUCUCGGACGCCUCCCAAGAUGUCGGAGCCUUUUCCUGCUCCGCCAGAAGACGAGAUCAUACUGGCGAUCGGCCGUCAGCUGCAGGACAUGACGUGUCCGUUUCCCGACAAGCAGCAGGCUCCGCCCCUCGCCUCCUCCACUCCCGUCCAGAGGGUGGAGCCCACCGUGGUCUCCUCAGCCGUGGGUCCCGCCUCCUCCUCCUCCAACCCGCCCGCCUCCCGCCCGCCGCCACCUCCUCAGCCUCCCGUCACCACGGCGAGGACCAGACCUCCACCCAAAAUCAUCCUGAGCACCAGGAACGAGCCCAUCGGCCUGAACGUGGCCGACUUCCUGCCGCCGUCGGCCAACAGCCGCCCGGCGGCGCUGAGCGACGAGGACGAGCUGUCGCAGAUCAAGAAGGGUCACGCCACCAUGUGCGUGAUGCUGAGCAGCCGACGCAAGAACCUGGAGACGGUGCGGAUGGCGUGGGCUCGAGAGGACGCCAAGAACGCUCUGGACAUCGCCGUCUCCAUGAGCGACCUGUCGAUCGUCGUGGACAUUCUCAACAUCCUCAACCUCCAACCGUCUUUGUGGAAACUCGACCUCUGUACGACGGUUCUGCCUCAGAUCGACAAACUGCUGCAGAGUAAAUACGAGAGCUACAUGCAGACCGGCUGCACGUCGCUGAAGCUCAUCAUGAAACACUUCUGGACGCUGAUCUCCGACACGCUGAGGGCGACGCCGUCGGUCGGAGUCGACAUCACGCGAGAGGAGCGACACCUGAAGUGCAGAACCUGCUGCAAGCAGCUGAAGAACCUCAGCAACAUCGUGAAGAACAAGGCGUCGCAGGUCGGGCGCCACGGCAGCGCCUUCAAGGAGCUGCAGCUGCUCAUGGCGCCGCUCGACGACGCGGUCUGAGGAUCGACGACGACGCGCCGCCCGAGAGAUUCCUGAUCCGUUUCCUGGAGUCACCGAUCCCGCAGAGUCGUCGGGAACAGGAAGAAGAAGAAACGUGAUGAUGAUGAUGAUGAAGAUUAUUGAAAUUAUUAUUUAAAGAUGUUAGUCUUCGUCAUAGCGACACUUCCAGGAAGUCCCUUCGUCUUCCUCAGAAUCAGAGAAGAAGAAGAACGUGAUCGACCUGCUGAAAACUGAGUGGUUCAACUUCCACCAGACGGAAAAAAACUCACCAAGAAACAACUGUGGAUUAUUUAUAACAUGAAAAUAAAAACUGACUCCACUUUGAGAAAAGUGACACGUAAGUUGAAGCACGUCGUUAGUGAAGAUGUGCUUAGCAUGACGACUGGUAACGAAGUCAACAGCCACCUUGACGCUAGCUGUUCAGUCUUUAAUGCUAAGCUAAGCUAAUUGGCUGUAGUUUCAUAUUUAGCGAACAGACGCGAGGAGUGUUAUCAAUCUUCUCAUCUAUCAUUUAUCUAUCGUCAGAAGCAAAAUAAGUUUAUCCUCAAAUUGUCGACCAGCGGUCGCGUUCACUGGAUCUGGUAAACCAAGAUGGCGGAAGGCGUCGGCCUCGUUCGGUGCCUCCGUCCAGACAGAAGCAGAGGAUCAUGGGACGUCGGUGAUUCACCGUCGACUGACAUUAAUCAUCGGUCAGAGAACUGAGGUCAUGUGAUCAGGAGGAACAAACUCUUCACGUGAAGUUUCUGAUGAUGUCACCAUAUUUUCACUUUUUCAGACACUGAUGUUUUAACUGUAUUGUUGAGGAUCGUUAUUUAAAUAAAGUCGCACAAGUUUGGAUUAAA